AAAGGAAGUAAGGAUAAAUAGUGAACAAGAGAGAAGGAUAAAUAAAUGAACGUAAUACUUGUUAUCCAGAGUACGGUUUACAUAUAAGUCGUGUCACUGCCGGUGUUUGACGAACGAUGUUUUUUGAUAAGACUUUGAGGGAAGAAGGAAGUGAAGGAUGAAGUGAAGGACGCGGUGAAGAACAAACAUAAUAUACGCGGCUGUUUGUCAAGAUCAUGGCGAGUUUAGCUGGAAGUUCUGCUGGAUUUCCGAGGCCACCGACGAUGCUCGAGCAAUUGCUCGAAGAGAUAAACUUCCAGAGGACCAAGGAGAUGAGGCAGCUGCUGAAAGAUGAUUCAGGUUUUGUGGUACUGCAGGGCACGACGUACUGGACGGACCUCUUCGUCAGGCACUUUCUCUUCCAAGGCGAACACACGAUCGACGGUGAUGACCUUCUCUUCUUUGUGAGGAAGAAGCACAUUAAAACUUCAAGUCGUUAUGUACCGAAAUUUGAGACUGAGGUUGAUGUUUUUCGUAAGGACAGCAAAAAAUUACCUAUAGGUGAUCCUGAUAUUGAUUGGGAGGAAACUGUUUACCUCAAUCUUGUUGUUCAUCAGUUUGAUUACACUCUUACUCUGGCUAUUUGUACCAGAACUAGUCCCAAGGAAUUGCAAGUACUCAGGAGACAUUCACAAAAAGUGUACGCCAGUCCAAGUCGCCGACGAAUGGACGCAAAAGGGGAUCUUGAAGAAAUGACUUACCCGCAUAUAUGUUUUAUGGUUGACAAUUUCGACGAAGUAUUCUGUGAUAUCUUAGUUAGAGACGGCGAGAUGGUUUGCGUUGAAUUGGUAGCUUCCGACCGCGAAGGCGCCGUGCAAGGGGUUAUUUUUCUCGGGUCUAUUAGAUACGACGCUUUAAAAAAAGUCUACGAUGCUCGGUCAAGUCUCAGUACCAAAAUGGCCCAACGCAUGACUUUCGGGCUGUUUUCAGGAGCUUCUUCCCAAAGAAUCGAGUUCGUUCGUAUGAAAGGGCCUCAAGGAAAAGGACACGCAGAGAUGGCAGUGACAAAACCGAAGGGUUCAGGAGCAGAAACUCCGACAUCCGAGCCCGGUUAUUCCGUAACCGAUGCCCUCUGGGACGCAGACUGGGACGACGCCGAAGAAAUAUUUAUGUAUCGGCAUCAGCGACGUCUCUCAGACCCAAGCUCAAAUCUAAAUAAUUUCGUCCGCGGCGGCUGGAGAACUAAACCCGAUUCAGCAGGCACUAAAGCUCGUUCUGAGAACGAGGGACUCGAUUCAAUGGCCAACGGUUUGAACGAGAUCGAAGCCGGUGAUGUUCGUGACGCCGAAAAUCAAGCUAGCAGCUGGGGCGGCCGGGUCGCGUCCCCAGUUCGCCAGAAAGAAAAUCGAAGAAGUCCUCGCUCCAGGCGACGUGGAUCAUCUACAUCUAGAGAUCGUAGUGAUUCAUCAUCAAAGCCAUUGGCUAAAGAUAAACCAGAUAAAACUUUAACAAAUAAUCCACGUGAGAACGAUAAACGUUUAUCACCGCGACGUUCUAUCGGAACACCAAAGCGACGACAUCGUCGUCAUCAUAAUAUCGAAGUUGGUACCGAGUCAAUUGUCACAACGUCAACUACUGAACGUUUGACAGAUGAUGUAAUGCAGAAACUUGACACAGGAGCGAUAUUAGUUCAUGGAAAAGAGGAACUUCCUCUAGGUUACGGGGGUAAUAACGACAAUCGAAGAAUUCCGAGUUACCCGAUGGAUAUUGAACGUCAAGAACGCCGUAAUGAUUCCCGUCGAUUUGACGGAGACGAAAAUUCCGUUGAAAAUUUACGCGGAGCUUCGAGACGCCACCGCACGCGUCGCUACUUCAGUGAUGAUGAAAUUCUUGGUGCCAUACGCAAACACGGACUGAUUAAUGGACGUGAAGAUUCAGUCAAUGGAGUCAAGACCAACGGAACAGAAUCAAAUGGAGUAAAGUCUAGAGUUAGCGGAAUUGACGACGUUAAUCUGGAUCAUUUGGAGCAGGAUGACAAUGAUCGCAGUUGCAGAAGUGAGCCAUUGAAAGACAAAAAUGCAAAUGCUAAAAUCAGUAGUAAUAGCAAAGUUGUCAAUAUGUCGCACAAACAAAGCGCGACAUUACCAAGAAGACGACGAAGGCGCGCGUUGUCUGGAAGUGUCAUAGGAAAUCAUCCGCUUCCACCGCAUCGGGUUACUCCGGAUGGCACCGCAAUCUACUACUGGUGCGAGCUUCCCCGCCGCCCCGGCUCUCAGGAGCUAGAUGACGGCGCAUACAAUCCACUGUGGACAAUGCGAGGUUUCACUCAGACAUUCCAUUUUUGGAAGGAAACUAGGCGAGCACAAUCCGUUCCUCUGAAUGCAUUCCUCACAUAUAUUACUUUGCCAUGGUGGAGUAUUGCCAAAGAUAUACUGGACCAUAGAGAAGAUCCAAUUCUCACAUUUUAGCCGGCUCAUAAAAUAAUAUUUGUUUUUCUACAAAACCACAAAAUAAAAUGUUAACUCAUAACUUUAUGUAUAAACUUGAUAAACAAUACACUGGAUUUAAAUUAUAAAAAAUAAUUAAA